CACAGGGGACUUCCCUUGGUAGAUCUGCAAGUUUCUGCCAGAAACGUAAUUCCUCUUUUAAUAAUCUAUCUAGCGUAUCUACCUAAACUGAACAUAUGUUCAAUAAACUUACUGACUCAAGGAAUGAUAGACGGCAAAGAAAGAGUAGAGUGCGAAGCUAUUCUAUUAGAGUUGUCAUCAGAUGAUCUUAAUUCAUUGUUACUUACAGUUACCAAUAAAAAAAUCGUGACGACUUCAUGCAAAGAAAGUAUCGAUGCUAUAUUAGACUACUCAUCAAGCAGUGCUGAACUUUUGGGAAGGAAAAAAGUGAAACGAGAUGUUUUAUUUAACUAUCUGCACAAAAAGGGUGAAAGACUGCCAACAACAUCUGACAAAGAUAUGCUUGUCCAACAUAUAGUAAAAAGGUGUGGUGGACAUUUAUCCGCACAUAAAGUGGUUGAGCAUAAACAGUUAACAGCAUCAUCACCAGCAUAUGUAUCACCUUUGAGCCAGUCAACUUCAAUUGCACCUAACCCAAGAGGAUAUGUUGUACAAGAAACAAAUCAGACUUUAUCUCAAGAAUUUGUUGACUGGUUUUACCCAGUGCUCAAUGGUCAAAUGAACGAAUUAAACACGUCAGGUUGGAGCUCUGAUCACUUUACACCAGACUGUGUGUUGGAAUGUAGCAAUAAUACUGACACUGUUGAACAGUUUUACGGAGCAAAAGAAACAUAUGACAAGUUUACAAGGAUGGUACGCAGUGACAGAGUUCUGUUUAACGUAAACACCACUCCUAAUGGUCACCGUGCAGUAAUAAAUCCGCAUGGUUUGGCAAAAGUAGCAGCUUGUGGAACUUUGCACCAAUAUACUGCAGAUAACCACAGUUGCUUAGUAGGAAUUUUUGAACAACUUUUUGGAUUAAUACGCGACCCUAAUGAUCAAAAUAGGUGGAAAAUUAAGUUUUCUAAACUGCUGGUUAAGCUGACCGCCAAUUUCAAUGAAGCAAAUGGUCUGAGCUCAUCUUUGCAGGAUCAGUUAAAUAGUGAGUUGUAAUGUACACGUUAAUAUCGGCACUUAAACUGCUUCUCGGAGUAAAAUACUUCUUGUGA